GGGCGGCAAGGGGGCGGGGUCGCUGGCUGUGGCUCUUCGCGCACAUAGCUAGGCUUCGUCUUGUUUUUGUUGUUGUUAUCCUCAGUGCUGCUGCCUCGGACGAGGGAACUCUUCGCUUGCGACAAGGCGCUUCCCCCCCGCCCCUCCUGUCGCUAUGUCCUCCCCUCAGGACUCGCCUCACCACAACAAUAACAACAACCUGCCACCUGAGGGAACGCCUACCGACCCGGGCCUUAACAGCUCCUGGGUAGAGCUGCAGAUGAAUGGAAAUGGCAACGACAAUGGCAAUGCAAAAAACGGGGGGCUGGAACAUGUUCCUUCUUCAUCUUCCAUUCAUAAUGGAGACAUGGAAAAGAUACUUCUAGAUGCUCAGCAUGAAUCAGGGCAGAGCAGUUCGAGGGGUAGUUCUCACUGUGACAGCCCUUCUCCUCAAGAAGAUGGGCAGAUAAUGUUUGAUGUGGAAAUGCAUACAAGUAAAGACAAUAGUUCUCAGUCUGAAGAGGAAGCAGUAGAAGGAGAAAAGGAGGUGGAAGUUUUAAAGAAAAGUGCUGACUGGGUAUCCGAUUGGUCAAGUCGACCUGAAAACAUUCCUCCCAAGGAGUUUCACUUCAGACAUCCUAAACGAGCAGUAUCUUUAAGUAUGAGGAAGAGUGGAGCUAUGAAGAAAGGUGGCAUUUUCUCAGCUGAGUUUCUAAAGGUUUUCAUUCCAUCUCUGUUCAUAUCUCAUGUUUUGGCUUUGGGACUAGGCAUCUACAUUGGGAAACGACUGACUGCACCUUCAGCCAGCACAUAUUGAAAGAAGCAGUGCACAAGCCCUGGAAAUCCUUGUGGUGUGUGAAGGUGUUGAUGUCACACUAGUACAUUUGAACUUGACAAUUUUGAGCAUGACCCUUCCCAGCCUCCACCUUGUCUUUACAUAUCCAGGUUCCAGUAACUCUUGGAAUUCAGUAUUGUAUUGGAACUCUGUGGGGGUAUUUCACUAGUUUCCCCUCUCCCUUUUCCCAGCCCGUCCCCACACCCUGCAAGACACAUCAGAAUUGCCUAACAGAGUUUACAAUUGCCUAUACGUUGCAAGGGCUUCUUUCAGUGCAAAAUGCCACCAGCAAAUUAUAAUUUUAUCAGUGAAGCUGUUGCCUCCUCUCUACUGCAGCAAGAACUAAUCUGCACAGUGUAUGAUAUGAAUGAACUGUUUAUAACAAUCUCCAGUCUCUUUAAAAGAAACUGAGAAUUAACUGAAGUUGGUUGUAAAACAAAGUCAUUGGCAGUUUAAAAAAAAUGUAGCUUAUUCUACAACUUUUGGCUAAAUGUUUUCAGUCUUCAGGAGGCAAAAAACCGACAAAAAAUCAAAGGAUAAACAUGGAUUCAUCAGCAACUUUUAAUACUGAAUAAUUGUCACUAUCUUGUCUUUUCUAUGAAGAAGUGAGUUUAUUUCUGGUUCAAAAAAACCCUUUCCAACAUCUA